GGGAUAGGGUAGGAAGUAGACAGCUAGCGAGCUGUACAGCUGUCAGUUGUAAAUAAAGGCCGUAUUACAUGUAAACUAGCUUUUUAGGAGUAUUUUAGUGUUGAGUAACGAUUGUAAUUAUUUUUGUACAUAGUAUAAGAAACGUCAAGUCCUACAAUGACAAAUAAAUUUGAAGCCCUUAAAAAUAGUGAUGACAGUGGUGAAGAUGAGCAUGGGUCUAAAGACAUUAAAAGUGCUGAUUUGAUAUCUUCAGUGCCUUUAGAAAUACCACCAGGAGACCAUAAGCUUCAAUACUGUUACUGGUUGUGGUAUAGUCGCCGGUCUCCUGGUAAACAAUCUCUUCAUUCUUUCGACCAGAAUCUUAAACUGAUAGGCACGUUUGGAUCUGUGGAACAGUUCUGGGCAAUAAAUAGUCAUUUAGCUCGACCGUCUGAUCUUCAAAGUCAUAGUGAUUUUCAUCUCUUCAAAGUUGGCAUUAAACCAAUGUGGGAGGAUGAAGCUAAUCAAAGAGGAGGAAAAUGGAUAGUAAGACUGAGGAAGGGACUGGCCUCCCGAUGUUGGGAAAAUCUCGUCUUAGCCAUGCUCGGAGAGCAAUUUAUGGUUGGACAGGAAAUAUGUGGUGCUGUGGUAUCUAUUAGAUUUCAGGAGGACAUUAUUUGUGUGUGGAACAAGACAGCUUCUGACCAAGCGACAACAAGCCGGAUCAGGGACACUAUGAGGAGGGUUCUCAACCUCCCUCCGAAUACAGUAUUAGAAUAUAAAACACACAACGACAGUCUCAAAGACAAAUCAAGUUUUCGAAACACCGAUAUUUUCCCGCGGUAGCAUAAGAGGCCAAAACGUAAGCGUAACAAGACAACUGACCGAUAAGCAGUCAUCAAGUUUCCGCUUCAACAAGAGCAUGCUAAUUUUUUUUUUUUUUUCAAUUUCUUU